AUGGCCAUCCAAGAUUCAACGAGGAGGAUCGCCAUAGCGGCGGCCUUCGUGCCGCUAAUGAUCAUGUACAUCCUCUACACCUUCAAACUCCACCUCCUCAUACCCGCCAUAUCGACGUGGCCAACCCAGCGACAGAUCAUCACGGAAAUGGCGGCUUUUACUCGACAUAAGCUAUGGCCAUGGACUAUCACGCAGGACGAAGAAGCAGAGGAGUCGACGAGGUCCGCUUUCGAGAGACAUAUUGUGGCUGUUGGAGACUUGCAUGGGGACAUGCCGAAUGCGAGACGGGUGUUGAGGUUUGCAGGCGUGACGGACGAUAUGGGCAACUGGUCAGGAGAGGUGGACUUCUUCGUGCAGACAGGGGAUAUCAUCGACCGAGGAGACGAUACCAUCCUUCUUUUCGUGUGGAUGGACAGACUUCGAGCACAAGCAGCGGAAGUAGGUGGAACAAUGCUUUCGCACCUUGGAAACCAUGAGUGGAUGAAUGCUAUUGGAGACUGGAGAUACGUUUACCCAUCGGAAUUGAAGACUUUUGGCAGCAUAGCAGCACGUCAACGAAUGCUCUCGUCUGGUCGCAUUGGCCGCUCUUGGGCACACAACUACACUACCGCCUCGCGUCUUCCCCUACAUCCAUCGGGCGGACCUCCUAAUUCACCAUACCCACCAACAGCAUAUUCAGUUGCCUUCCAAAAGGAGGACGAGAAGCUGCAUUAUGGCUACGAACCCCCGGAGGAUGAUGUAUUGUCUCAUGCUGCCAUCUCCUUCGUUCAUGGAGGACUCUCACCAACAUACCCCGACCUUGUACCCUUCCCCACGAAGAUAAACGAGAUUUCAGACUCGUUACUUUACAAGCUCCAACACCGUGUACAACCACCUCCAAGCCCUCCUAACCCUUAUCCUGGUUUACCUACUGAUGCCACUGUCGAAGAGCACCAUCUCUACGACGCGAACGGUCCGCUGUGGUACCGAGGUUGGGCUAUGGAAAGCGAAGAGCACGUAUGCGCGCAGGUCGACGAAGUCUUGCGCAAGACCGGCACUCGAAGGAUGAUUAUGGGACAUACCCCACAUUUCCAGAACAUUGUAGCAAGAUGCGACGGCAAAAUUAUCAUUAUCGACACAGGAAUCUCGCAUGCAUACGGUGGCGUACUUUCGGCUCUUUCAAUACACUAUAUCCUCGAGCCCGUCGGCAAUGAUGCUUCGCAACGCUGGUUGGAAAGGGAAGUCGUCACGGCGCUCUAUCCGGACAGAGAAGAUAUUCUGGCCACGUCAGAGCGGGAAAUCGUUGGUAAAUUCCAUCAUAGCGAGCAAUCACACCACCCGCGGUGA